GCCAGCAGAGUAAUAACAGGGUGAGGCGGCAGCACAGCGAUAGCAGCUGCCGACGUCGGGGCUGAAGGAAGAGAAAGCGGUCUUGAGCUGUGCCAGGACCUUGGAGGAGCUGGGAAACAGCCCACUGCAGAGAUGAAGGGAAAAGCUGGAAGUGUGCCACACAAUGAGAAGCAAAAGCAGGAGGGACACAUCUGGGGCUCCAUGAGGAGGACGGCUUUCAUCCUGGGCUCUGGCCUUCUCUUGCUUGUGGCCCUCUGGAACUCAGUCACAUGGCAUCUUCAGAGAUUUUGGGGUGCUUCUGGCUACUUCUGGCAAGCCCAGUGGGAGAGGCUGCUGUCUACAUUCGAAGGGAAGGAGUGGCUCCUCUACAUUCUAGGUGCCACCCAGGUGCCCCUUCUGUUUUUCUGGACCGUCAGUGGACUUCUACUGGUGGUUGACACAACUGGAAAGCCUAACUUCAUCUCCCGCUACCGAAUUCAGGUCGGCAAGAAUGACCCUGUGGACCCCAUGAAACUACGCCAGUCUAUCCACACGGUUCUCUUCAACCAGUUGGUGAUCUCUUUCCCCAUGAUGGUCUGGCUCUAUCCCAUCCUCAAGUUGCGGGGAGACCCCUGCCGCCGAGAGCUACCUACCUUCCACUGGUUCCUCCUGGAGCUGGCGGUCUUCACGCUGAUUGAGGAAGUGCUGUUCUACUACUCACACCGGCUCCUUCACCACCCAAAACUCUACAAGAAAAUCCACAAGAAACACCACGAGUGGACAGCUCCCAUUGGUGUCAUCUCUCUCUAUGCACAUCCUAUUGAGCAUGUGGUCUCCAACAUGCUGCCGGCGAUGGUGGGUCCAAUAGUCAUGGGUUCCCACUUGUCCUCCAUCACCAUUUGGUUUUCUUUGGUCCUCAUCAUCACCAUCAUCUCCCACUGUGGCUACCACCUACCCUUCUUGCCUUCACCUGAAUUCCAUGACUACCACCAUCUCAAGUUCAACCAGUGCUAUGGGGUGCUGGGGGUGCUGGACCACCUCCACGGGACUGACACUGUGUUUAAGCAGACCAAGGCCUACGAGAGACACAUGAUCCUGCUGGGCUUCACCCCGCUCUCCGAGAGCAUCCCUGAUCCCCCGAAGAAGAUGAACUAAGACACGGCCUGAGUGCCAUCCUAGCCGUGUCCUCUGCAGAGGUCUGCUAAGGUGGCCUGAGGUCUCCUGGUCGCACUGACCAACUCGCUCCUUCAGCCACGCACUCUGAUGACAAACCACAAGGGCAAGGGGGAGGUCAGCUUCCUGGAAAAGCAGGCCCAAGGAGGGGACCAGGGCUCCCCCAACUACCCCUAUCAUCCCAAAGGGGACCAGGGAUUGGCGUUAACGAAAAAUAUAGCUCCCUGGAAUGGAGGCCAGUCAGAAGGAAGAAGCCACUUUGAGAGGGCACCUGGGGGGUCCCUCUGGUCCUCUGUUGUGGAAAGGGAGAGGGACACCAGAUGACUCCUUGGUAGCCCUGGCAAGACACAGAAUGACAAACGUGGCAGGAGGCCACGUGGCUCCAGCCAUAGGUCCUCCUGAUGCCAGGGGGUGGGAGAACCAGAAGAUAUUGCUUUGCCCCUUCCUGUCCCCCAAAGCCUGUCUCAUUCUCUACUCAGGCCAGGGCCAGGACACCCUGGCAACGGUUCUGGGAUCAAGUCCCCACUGCUUCCCAACGCACACGCGCACGCACAGACACACAGUGUGAUAAAGACCCCACUUCAACUCUGCCCCACUGCAACUGGACAUCACCCCUCUCUGAAAAGGAAAAUACCAAUCACAGGAG